UGAUGAGGUCAUCGAUGAUGAAGAGCCGAUCAACAUACCCACCAUAAGACAUGCACCAAGGACAAGGUCAGGAACUAAGAGUCUAAGAGAGGAGUUCAACAAGUCAAUAGAAGGGCUGAUCACACUUAUAGAGCACGAGGAACUCAAAGAGAAGCUACUCAAAGGGGAGAUCACCCGAGAGACACCAAUGGAGCCUCUAACCGAGUUCAGCACGCUUGAGACCCAACAAGACGACGUGGAAGACUCGGCCGGUUCAAGCCAAGACCUUCAAGAAGCCAAGAAAGUCAAAGAGACACCGAGCGAUGACUACUCUCAACUCAAGCGUCAAGCCAUAUCAUUCUUAACUGUCUUACAAGGCAUCAAGGACGCUACUACGUUUGUCAUCUCCAAGCAAGUGGAAAUGCCACUCAUCGAACCAAUGGACGAUAUGGGAGAACAAGGAGAGGUUGACAUGGCUCAGAUGCUUGCUAAUAUCCAAGCUCAACUCGCAACCUUAGGGGAGCGAAUGACACGGAUUGAGCAACCACCACCGGCCCCAAGAGGACCUAUCAGAGGUGUAAACGCGUGGAGAGGCAACCAGGACGAAGAUGAGGUCAUGGAGGAUCUUGACGAUGGUGAUCCACUGAACCAAAACCAACCCCGAGGACAACACCAACGAGGCCGAGGCCAAGAAAAUGGCAAAGACCUCAAGCUCACCGCACCAACAUUUGCCGGCAAGGUGAACCCUGAUGCGUACCUUGAUUGGGAAAGAAGGAUGGAAUACAUCUUUGAUUAUUACCAAUACUCGGAGGCUAGAAAGGUAUCCUUAGCGGCUGCACAACUAACUGACAACGCCUUGGCGUGGUGGGAUCGAGAUGUUUCCGAAAGGAGAAGGCAUAGGCAUGGGCAGGUCAAUAAUUGGGAGGACAUGAGAUUCAGCCUCAGAAAGAGAUAUGUCCCUGCCUACUACCACCGAGACUUGCAGAAGAAAUUCCGCAAGCUCACUCAAGGAAGCAAGACCGUGGAGGAGUAUUUCGAAGAGUUUGAGACUCUUAAGAACCGACUUGAAGUAGAGGAUUCGGCUGAGACCCUGAUGGCCCAAUUCAUUGAUGGUCUUAAUGAUCGGAUUGCUAGAAAGGUCGAGAGGCAGACUUACCAUGACUUGGAGGACGUUUUACAUCAUGCCGUGCAAGCUGAGCAACACAUUAAGAGGAAGAACACUUCCACAAACCGGAGCAAAACCACCUGGACGCCACAACCUCAACGAGCUCUUGAUAAGGGCAAGGCCGUUGAAGUGGAUAACCGGAUCCACAAGUCCACUCCUGAAACUUCCAAAGCCAAUAGACCCGAGGUAAGUAAAGCUUCCACACAACGAGCUAGAGAUAUAACUUGUUUCAAAUGCCAUGGCAAAGGACACUAUGCGAGGGAGUGCCCAAACCAAAGAGUAAUGAUCCUCAAAUCUAAUGGCGAGUAUGAAUCACAAGACGAAGGAGAGGAGGCUGAGGAAACUGAUGAGGACAUAGUCGACUAUCCUGACCAAGGAGAGCUCUUUACUACCAAGUAUCUUGUAGAUAAGCUAGGGCUCCCCAAGACUAAGCAUCCCCGACCCUACAAGCUCAAGUGGUUGAAUGAUGAAACCGAGCUCAAGAUUGCUGAGCAAGUAACUAUACCCUUUAGCAUUGGUAAGUAUACAGACCAAGUAGUGUGUGAUGUGGUCCCCAUGCAAGCCGGGCACUUGCUCCUAGGGCGGCCGUGGCAAUUUGACAAGGAAACUCUACACAAUGGGCGCACAAACUACUAUACCUUUACUCACAACAACAAGAAGCAUAACCUAGCACCACUCACCCCGCAAGAAGUGCACGACAUGCACAAGGCCAUGUCUCGAGGCUCAGAGGUGCUACUAAUGAUCUUCAAGGAAGGUUUGUUUUCAGGUCAGGAACCACAAGAGAUCCCUCCAACUGUUAAGGAGCUGUUGGACCGCUAUUCUGAUGUGUUCCCGGAGGAGAUUCCACCAGGCUUACCUCCCAUUAGAGGAAUAGAGCAUCAGAUUGACCUGAUCCCUGGAGCACCAUUGCCAAACCGAGCCGCUUACCACGUUAAUCCCGAGGAGGCCAAAGAAUUAGAGAAGCAAGUACAAGACCUAAUGUCAAAAGGCUACAUAUGCGAGAGCCUAAGCCCGUGUGCUGUCCCUGUCUUACUAGUGCCCAAGAAAGAUGGCUCAUGGAGGAUGUGUGUUGAUUGUAGAGCCAUCAACAACAUCACCAUCAAAUACAGGCAUCCCAUACCUCGACUUGAUGACAUGCUAGACGAGCUUAACGGCGCCACCAUCUUCUCUAAGAUCGAUUUGAGAUGUGGAUUCCAUCAAGUGCGAAUGAAGGAAGGAGAUGAGUGGAAGACGGCGUUCAAGACAAAGAGGGGCUUGUACGAGUGGCUAGUGAUGCCAUUUGGACUCACCAACGCCCCAAGCACCUUCAUGAGGCUCAUGAAUCACGUUCUAAGAGCCUACAGCUGUAAGUUUGUAGUAGUGUACUUUGACGAUAUACUAAUUUACAGCACUUGUCUUGCAGAUCACCUGGAGCAUCUUUCACAAGUUCUAGAGACACUUCGGUGA